AUUGAGUUGCCUAGUAAGCAUAAGUUAGUUGGCACUUGGCAACUCCACUUAUAGGAUCAAAAAACGGUGUAUAAAGAAAGAAAGAAAGAAGAAAAAACCGUUUUGGUUAUUGUUUGAGAGAUCAGAGAGUGAGAGAGAUAGAGAGAGAAAUGGGGAAUUGUCAAGCAGUGGAUGCUGCAGCUUUGGUGAUACAGCAUCCAAAUGGGAAGAUGGAGAGGUUGUAUUGGCCAGUGAGUGCAACUGAGGUUAUGAGGAACAACCCAGGUCACUAUGUUUCUUUGAUUAUUCCAUUGCCUGUUGCUGAAGAAGCUCAACAUCAACAGAAGAACAAGAAUCAUAUUGAAGACGACAACAACAACAACAACAACAUCAACAAGAACAGCACUCUGCUUGUUACUCAUGUCAAGCUUCUUAGGCCUAAUGAAACUCUCACUCUUGGCCAUGCAUACCGCCUCAUCACCACUCAAGAUGUUGUAAAAGUGUUGAGAGCAAGGAAGCUUGCAAAGUUGAGAAAGCCAUUGGAGAAGACAAGUGAGAUGGUGCAAACAGUGCAUCAUGAUAAGAAAAGCUCAGUUGGAGAAAAUGAAGAGAAUUUGAAUACAGGAAGUACAUAUCAGACAGCCAGAGCAGAGAGACAAAAGCUGAGAGCAGCUCCGGUAAAUCCUCCGGCACCGAAGAUGAAACCGUGGCGCCCCUCCUUGCAGAGCAUCUCAGAGGCUGGAAUUUGAACCUUGCUAGGUUGUGGGCUUGUGGCUAACAUGUACAGUGCUUCAGAACAUCACAUGAAGUUUUUCUUUCAUCUCAGAAGGUCCCCCUCAUUGAAUUCCUGACCCUGAUAACAUGGCCGAGGAUUCAACAGAGGUUAAAACUAGAUAGUUCUCUUCCAUCACCAAUCUCAUACUCAAAAAGUGAAUAACAACCAUGUUCCAAUGAUAACAUAUUUGUAAAGCACUAAAAGCAAAGGAAGAAAAAGUAGUGAAUGUCAAAAUUUACCAAUAGUGAAGUUUUUGUUAUAAUUAAAGCAUCCAUAUGUUGCUAGAAAAAGGAAAAUUCUUACAUUCGAAAUGACAACUAUGAAGUAGAAGUCACUUCAGCUUUGAGUUCCAAACUUCCCAAUCCUCAUCAACAAAACUUUGUGCCCAUAAAAGUGAUGCCCUUGCAGCCAGAGCUGCUCCUGGCAACUUCUUCUUCUUUAGAGCUACCAACAUAUCAGUGAAUGGCUCCACCAACAAUGUCCCAGGACCUCCAUACUCUUUGCACAAAAACUCAUGAAAUAUCUGAUUGUAUGACCAAAAACCAAGGCUGGUAAACAUUUCAAUCUAAAACAGAUAUGGUUGAAGAAAACAAGAGACUACUCGUAGCUUCAAAUCACCCAAGCCUCAAUAGGAGGUAGUAUGUCAAAAUAUUGCCAGAUUUGGGCCAAGUAUGUCAGAAAAGAGAAAGUAUAGGGAGCCAAUGGAGUAUCUGUACAAUGUGUACAAUUGAGGUUUAAGGAUGUUCGAUUCAGUAGGAUAUCAGAUGUUUAUUAUCCCUGGUACCCGGAUGGUUAUUCUGGAUAGUAUAGGUGUAUAUUGUGUUUGAGAAAUUAGUAGUAUUUUAUCCUGGAUGUUCAUUUUUUAACUCAUAUUAGACCAAAUAAAUAGCUCAUUGUACA